AUGACGGCGCUGGACCGGCAACAAGUCGUGAACAACUUCCUUUUGCAAAGCCAGAAGGCACACAACGCGGAGGAAAACAAACAAAUGGUAGCAAUCAAAGCACAAAUUAUGACGUUUCCGAAUUAUUACCAAAACCUCAUUCAAGCCCUAGACAUUCCUCAACUCCAAAUAUCAGCGCUGAUUUUUUUGCGGCAGUUCGUUACUGAGACUUCAAACAUCCAAGUUGACUUGGUUAAUGCUGCUUUGCGCUUAUCACUGCAAGCUAACGUGAAUUCUCAUAUGGCCCAGGGCUUGGUAACUGAGUGUUUCAAAAAGGGGAAUUUUCAGGUGAAAAAUUAUAUUGUACGCACAAUCCAUCAAACACUCACAACAAGUCCAAACGUGCAAGUUUUGGAGACAGCGGCAUCCGUUAUCGAAGAGGAUGUCCCGUCGGAGGAUGGAAAGAAUAAUCUAUGUGGCGUGUUUUUUCCUGUCAUUCUCGCACUUUUCCACAACAACAACUUAAGUGUGCCAGUUGUUCAGGCGAUUUUGAAGUUUUUGAAAUCGGCACUUUCAAUCAACCCAGACUAUUUUAGCGACUGUGGCGGGGAUUUGGUCGUUUUGUUGGUGCGGUACGCGUGGUCGACUGAUGACGUUAUUCGUGAGCUCUACGCAUCAAUACUUGCAUCAUUUUUAUCAACCGAGCCAGACCAUUUGACGUGUCAACUGUCGACCAUUUUCCAGUCUUGUUUAGUUCUUCUGUCCGUGCAAACAGAUAACGUGUGCUCUGCAGCGGCGUCACUGCUUUCGUCUUUGUCGCACGCAUUCAAAGAACAACUUCAACCAUUGCUUCCGCCGUUUAUCGAAUCGUUGCUAAAAAGAAUCGACGAAAUAAUCACGUCAACAGAUUCUCCUUUUGUUGGAGAAGAUCCGUUGCUGAGAAACUUGACGUCAACGAUGGACGAUUUGGCUGGUGAGUUCCAUGAUGAUUUUGUUGUGAGCGUAGUCACGGCUGCACAACACAUCACCUGGCCAUCGGCGGUUUUUGUCAUCAGCUCGUUGGCAAAAAGUUGGAGAGAGAAGGACAAAUUCCGGGAAGUGUUUGGGUGGAUGGUCGAAAAGAUUUUUAUCGAGCUCCACAACGGGACGCGGAGUGUCACGUCACUGUGGGGGUUGCAGGAGAUGUACAUCUUCUUGCCUUCCAUUUUGGCUCCCAAGGACUACCAAGACUUGUUGCUGAGUUUGUUGUCUGGAAAUGUCCAGCCAAACGCGAUUUUGUUGUUAGAAACGAUGAUUGACGACAAGACAAAUACCGCGGUUCAAUGUAACUCCGAAAAAAUAAUGAAUUGGGUUAUUCAAAGCCUCCUUGAUGUAAAGAGCAACGAAACAGCACUUUUGUUGGUCGAAACAAUUUCAGCGCUUUCGGAUAGAGUACCAGAGAUGUUUCUCAGCAACAAAAACUUAUUUGUUGUUGUUAUUCAUGCGAUGAUUGGUGUGAUUAAAAAUAACGAAGGGCUUGGCGAGCGGGUUGUCCAGAACAUGAGUUACAUAAUUCCGAAAUUUGGGGGUGACGCGUUGAUUGGGUACGAGUUGGAGUUGGUUAAAAUAGUAAUCGAGAUGAUUCACUCUGAUGAUACACGCGACCAAGCUGCCGCUUUAAUUUUGUUGAACGCUUUAAUUGAAACAACAAAACAGCCAGUCGGGUUGAUAAGGUCCAUGAGUAACGUGGUAAGUGUCAUUUUAUGUGGUAUUCAAUCGGUUGACGAGACCGUCGUGAACCAGGCCUUUACGUUGCUUGGUGUGAUAUCACAAAACGACCCAAUAACAUUAUCUUCUUCGUUGGACCCAUUGGUCGAGACUUUAUUAGCCAAAUUGAACGAAGGUGAUUUGUCAUUGCGGUUGUGGGCAGUUGGGAUGCUCAUUAAAGCGGCACCAGACCGCCUUGAAAAGGUGCUGCCAGUGUUUGUAGACACUUUUGUAAAAUUAGUCCCAAAUGCCACAAACAUGCGAGACAACAUCUCUUUUUUCAAACGAAAUUUGUGUGUAUGCUUUGGACGAGUCGCCUUAGUCAAUCCGAAUCUUGUUGCCCCCCACAUCACUGUAAUUUGCGAUACGUUGAUUGACGCGUUGUUGGAUUUGGGAGAUAAAGAAGCGCGAAUGGUGUGUGUGAAAGGACUUGGACAGAUCAUAUGGAACAACCCAAUUUGUUGCAAACAUGCGCUGAGCCAAGUGGUGAAUGUGUUUAAAGCUGAACGCGAACUUUCGCCCGAGGAUUAUCAGUUUUGUAACACCGUAUUACUUGCGUUAAAGAACACAUUCAGCGGUGAGGCGUAUGCUCGUGUGUGGAGUGGAGUGUAA